AUGAACUCUUACCAUUGGGAGGCCUUGAGGCGGAAGAAGCCCCGUGUCUUCCGGCAUGCUCUCGUCUGGAACAGUGCCAUCAUGCCUAGGUAUCAGUUCAACCUUUGGAUUAUGGCAAAGGGUAGGCUUCCUACCCAGGCUCUUCUACUGUCUAAUGGUAGGAUUGAUGGUGGAUCCUGUCCUUUUUGCAAUGAAGUGCCUGAUUAUAUGGACCAUCUCUUUUUUGGGUGUCGUGUCACGGCCGACAUUGCUUUCUUUUGGGCGGCCAGAUGCAAUAUUCCUUGGUGCAACAGGUCUUGGGCUGAAAAUCUUCAUUGGGCCACUACCUUGCUGACGGGCAAGGAUUUUUAUAAGAGCAUUGCUCGUUUUUCUUUUGGGGCGCUUUGUCAUAUCAUUUGGAAGAACAUGAACACUAUUCUCUUUAGAGAUGAGCCCCUUUCCGUCCCGGCCAUGAAGAAUCAUCUUUCCAAAGUUGUCAAAGACAAAGCUCUCACCUUCAGGAAUGUAGAGGAUUCUACUCGGAACAAGAGGUUGGCGUGCAACUGGGGUUGUGACCCAAUUAUCUUCUCUUCUAGAUACCUUGAUCCUCCUACCCGAGGAUUCCUUAGUGCCUGGUGGCUCUUCUCGCUUUGCCUCUCACUCAAGGUUGUUGCAGCCUCCGCCGGGGUGUCUUUCCCUCAUGCCUGCUCAUUGUGUGCGUGUUGUAUCUAG